UCAAACACAAAUAUUAUGUUUUUGCCAACAAAAAACAAUAACAGGAUAAAUAAAAUUGACCGAGAAGUGAGGGCUACCAUAAGGAGUAUCAUUGACAUACGAAUAAUCGCAAUGAAAGCUGGAGAAAGUAGUAAAGAUGACUUGUUGGGCAUACUCUUGGAUUCAAAUUACAAAGAAAUUAAACAUGGGAAUAAGAAUUCUGGAUUAACCAUUGAUGAAGUGAUCGAUGAGUGUAAGCUUUUCUACUUUGCUGGACAAGAGACCACUGGAAUCUUACUAGCAGUUUGGACUAUGAUUUUGUUGGCUCAACACACAAAUUGGCAAGAGCGUGCCAGAGAAGAAGUUUCACAAGUAUUUGGGCAUGAAAAACCAGAAAGUGAUGGGUUGAAUCGUUUAAAAAUUGUUAACAUGAUUCUGCAUGAGGUUCUUAGACUAUACCCACCAGCAGUAGGACUAGGAAGAAUGACACAUGAGGAAACUAAAUUAGGGGACAUAAAAUUACCAGGUGGAACUUUCCUCCGGUUGCAGAUUAUGCUUAUGCACCAUGAUCGUGAUAUAUGGGGUGAUGAUGUGAACGAGUUCAAGCCUGAAAGAUUUUCUGAAGGUGUCUCGAAGGUGACCAAGGGACAAACAUCAUAUCUCCCUUUUGGUGGCGGUCCACAAAUAUGUGUUGGACUGAAUUUUGCCUUGUUAGAAGCCAAAAUGGCACUUGUCGUGAUUCUGCAACACUUUUGCUUUGAUCUCUCGCCCUCCUAUUCAAAUGCUCCACAUACCAUUGUCACUCUUCAACCUCAAUUUGGGGGUCAUUCGGUUUUGCGUAAACUCUAA